AUGAGUGUGAAUCUGUACAAUAAGCUUAAUUCUGAAAACGGUUAUAAGCUGUUGCAACUACCGAAUGAUCUUAUAGAGGCUUUUGAGAAGGGACCUGUGAAGUUUAAGUCACUUUCCAAUGAGAAUAGCAAUGUAGUAUUGUGUUCUGAAGAUAAAACAUGGCUGCUGAAGCAACGAAAUCAUUCUAAUACGGUAAUGUUACUACGAGAAUUUGCACCAAAUGCUACCAUAGAGGCGGAAGUAGCAGAAAAGGUCAACACAUUUGGGCUACCAAAACCUACUGCAGAUUGGGCAGGGUUCACGACUCUAGACAGUGAACUUGAGCCAAAACUAGUCAGUGGAAGCAUUGAUGUUACUCAAUUGGAUAUAUAUGAUGGUACGGAUGUGCCAUUGACGCGUAAACUAUCGCUCGAAGAAUUCAAAAAUAUGUGUCCAUGCUCAGAGAAAGAAUUUACUGAAAAAUGGUUUGACGUUGCAGGUUGCGUGGUUGAUGGUUCGGCAUGCCUUCUUUCUGAACGGUUCAUGCUGAAGGCUCUUCACAUUAUUCUAAUUACUUGCAUGGCAGAGAGUUUUGACAUUAAUGAAUUAAGCAUAGACAAAGUAGUAGAUGCUUUGCAAAAGGACACAACUGACGGAAAGCCCAAUGUUUACACUAAAAAUGUUAUCACCACAGUGAUCAGAAAAUUUAGUUCACCAGCUGCUUCCGAAGACGGAUAUUUCAAGAUUAAUAUGCCGCUAGUUGCCAAGUGGUAUGGUGUGUCUGCGCUUAAAAUAUAUGCUAGCAAAGAACCAAUCUCGGAGCAAGAAUUUAUGGUACAAUGGAAGGCCCAGUUCCCACCGUAUUUCCAUUGCGAUCUGGACAUAUGUAUGCUACGUGGCUAUUUUGUUAGACCUCUUAAGGACAAAAUCAGAUAUAUCUCAAAGGACACUCUAUCUCCAGAUCCUAAAGAACGAUUCAAGCAAUUGUUUCACUGGCAAAGUGUAUGGGAACUGGACGACAUGGUACCUUACAUUCAAGAGCUAAAUACGAAGAAUCUGAAACCGGACGUGUUUGUUAUGAAAUACGCUAGACGUAAAAGAGUUGGUAACAAAUUCAUAAUCAGUGCAAGGUAA